ACUUUGGUAUCUCUCUCUCUCUCUCUCUCUCUCUCUAAACCAGCUAUCAGAUCAUCGCGAAACACAAAUACCUGACACAGAAUAAUUCAUCACCGGAAGGGAUAGGGUUUCAAAUCCUCCCCCAAUAAUACUUUCAUUUCCCUCAAUCUCCCAAUUCCAACGGGAGAUUGGUUUCCCCUUCCGAUCACAAUUCCUUACAGAGAACACCUUUGGCUUUCCGGAGAAUAUCAUUCUCACUCUUCUCGCCUUCCCGGGAAUUUCCAGGGGAUUCGUGGCGAUUGAAUCAUUUUUAUCCGGAACCAUUGGUUUCUUUUGUCUUCAUUGAGGAAUAGAGGGGAAAAUUCAUGCAUAAUUUGAAGGGAAGUUUAUUAAUAUACAUACGGGCGGAGGAGUUGAUGCUUUUUAAUUCUGAAUUUAUUAAUUGUAUUUUAUAGUUCUUCGUGUUUAAAAACACUGAUAGUUGGGGUGAACUUGUGAGUUUCUGGGGCUUGGUCUGCGUUGGGUGUGUAUUGACUGAUUCAUGGAGUUAGAUGAUUCGCUCCAAUCCAUGAGCCAUGUCCAAUGUUGUGACUGUGGUUGCAGCUGUUCAAUGACGGACACUGCCUUAUCUGAGAUGUGUCUACGCUCUAUCAAGCGUAAAUAUGAUGACGUCGAGGAAGGAAACAAAUUUACUGUCCCCGGACUUGUUGUGCCGCAAAAUGCUCGUGUGGAGGUCGAAAAUGAAUGUAUGGCACUGCGUGAAACAGUCAGCAGUCAGCAGCAGACUAUCCAGGACCUCCUCAUCGAAUUAGAUGAGGAGAGAAAUGCAUCUUCUUCAGCUGCAAACGAGGCCAUGUCUAUGAUUCUGAGGCUGCAGAGGGAGAAGGCAGAGGUUCACAUGGAGGCAAGGCAGUUUAAGAGGUUUGCGGAGGAGAAAAUGGCACAUGAUCAGCAAGUGGCAUUGGCAUUGGACGAUUUGUUGUAUAAGAGGGAACAGGCCGUCCAUUCACUUACCUGUGAGAUUCAGGCCUACAAACACAGGAUGUUGAGUUUUGGGCUCACAGAGUCUGAAGCCGAUGGAGAAAAGGUUGUGGGCCAAAACACAAGCAUGACUGAGAACCUAGAGGGACAAUAUGAGUUUCCUGGAUACGAUAUUUACCCACCUCUCAAGUGCAAUAUAAAUGAAUCUCAAGCUUAUCCAGAUGGUGAUGAUGAAAGUGCUGACAUUGAGAAAUACCCCUUUGGGGAAACUCCACACUCUCGGUAUGAGCUGAGGGAUUUCGAGUACAGGCUCAAUGAAUUUGAGCGAAGUCCUACUAGAACCAUCGAGCCUGAUAGGGAAUACUCUGGCACAAAAAAUAUGCUUGAAAAGGUUAUUGUUGGUCAAUCUCCAAGAUGGCCUAAUCAUCUUAGGAAGUUAUCUACUGAUAGCUCAUAUUCACAAUUUGGAAUGGUGAAAGAAAUGAGUCCAGAUUUUGCGCCUGAUUCCCCAAAAUAUGGCGGCAGUUUCAGGAAGACGAAAUUUUCCCAUUUGGAUUUGAACCCUAAUUACAGGAAAGUGGAUAGUGCAUCUGAAGCUGGAGAUGACAUAAGUGACAGAGUUUACACAAUAGAUUCCAUCCAUCAACGGUCUGCAGUUAAUGGUGUCAUGGAUCAUAAGGGUUCUGAUGGAUCCGUAUAUGAGGACUAUUCAAAAAGUUCCCAGGGUUCACUAGACCACUCUGAUGUCAUGGACCUACAGAUGCAGAAACUGUAUGCAAGGCUUCAGGCUCUUGAAGCUGAUAGAGAAUCAAUGAGGCAGGCUCUUAUCUCUGUUGGAACUGAUAAAGCACAAAUGAUUUUGCUGAAAGAGAUAGCUGAGAACUUGUGCAAAGAAAUGACACCAGCAAAAGCAAUGCCUAUCCAGAAGAAGCCAGUAACUAAGGGUUUAAGCUUCGUUUCCUUAUUGAAGUGGGUCAUAUUAUGGAGAAGGAAUGCACGCAGAAGCAGGUACACGUUCGGGAUGUCUGCCAGGAAUGAAGGUUUGCUAAUCCUUUUAGACAAAGGUCCUCGUAUCGGACAACGCAGGGUUGUGUCAACACUGCGAAACUAAGACUGACUGGUCUUUGUUCCAUCCCCGAAGCCUCUGUUAUUAUCAUUACUGUUUGGAUGCUGAGUGGUUUUGAGCUUUUCUGGUGUUUGGAUUGUGGGUGAAGGUUUUAUCUUGCUAAUUUGUUGCUAAGGGGAUUGGUAAUACUGGCACGUCGUCGCGCAGUUUCGCAUCACUUCAAUUUGUGGCAUAGCAUACAUCAAAUUUGUCGAUAUAGGAAUUGUAUUCUUUGUGGUUGAUCAGCAAAUUUCGCUUGUGCUUCUCUUUUUCUGUUUCCUUUACUUCACACUUUAAUUUGGAUCUGUUAUUUUUCUUGUA